UCAAUACACGCCCUCAGCGGAAGUGCGCCAAACUGGGUUUCCUGUCAUUUUUAUUUUGGUUAAUUACUGAUACACUUGUUUAUUUUUUCUUUAAGGAAAGCCUUCAGACGAGCUCAGCAUACUUUUAAUCUCAGAAACGGACAAAAGUGCGUUACAUGAGGAUUCCACGAAUGUCACUGCAAGAGUUUUAUUUAGUUCGCUGAUUUUGCAAGCUAGCUGACUAAGCUGUCACUUGAGCCGUUAGCCUGCUGGCCUAAUGGUCAGGUGUUAAUGCAACUUACUGCAAAUAGAAAAUACUGAAAUCGCUUUCAUUCUGUAAAAUCGAGCGUAUGAAAGAGGAUUUUUUUGGACAGAUUAACUGAAUCGACUGUCAAAACGUUCAGGUUACUGCAAGCAUAGCCAGCUAGCUUGUGAAGCCGUUACAGAGCUAACCCAGUGCAGGAGUUUGCUCAUUUACUGCCUUGUAUUACUUCUCAGAUUACCACAUCUCUUUCUUCUAAUUUAUAUUUUGCUCUAACUCGUAGUCUUUGGUUUUAGAAUUGAUAUGCUGGCACCGCCAAUCCCUACCAUCAUGCCGGCUCUUCUGGAGAGGCCCAAACUGUCUAAUGCCAUGGCACGUGCCUUGCACAAGCACAUUAUGAGUGAGAGAGAGCGCAAGAGGCAAGAGGAGGAAGAGGUUGACAAAAUGAUGGAGCAGAAACUAAAAGAAGAGGAAGAGAGGAAGAGGAAGAAAGAGAUGGAGGAGAGAAUGUCCUUAGAGGAAACAAAAGAGCAGAUAAUGAAGAUGGGAGUGAAACUGCAGGGUCUUCAAGAGGAGAAGCAUCAGCUUUUUCUGCAGCUGAAGAAAGUCCUACAUGAGGAAGAGAAAAGACGACGGAAAGAACAGAGUGACAUGACAACUCUGACUUCGGCUACAUACCAGCCAAACAUGGCCAUCCACUCUGGGCAGCACCUUCUCAGCAUGCAAGCUGGUCAGGUUAGUCAUGGGCGUCCAGGUGCUCUUCUUGGGGAACGCAGCAAACAGCUCUUCCAGUCUCCAGUCAUUCCUACGCGUCAUUUCCAGUCUCAGCCGGGAUUCAGUGCAGGUGGAACAGAGCAUGGCCAAUAUUCUGGAGGCCAGCCGAGUCACAGCCCGUAUGGAGUCACUCAGCCGCAGCACACAUCACCUUUUGCCUCCAGUCAGCCGGUGCCAGCCAACUAUGCCAGUGGUUCACAACUUAGAGGUGCAUCAGCAUUCCAGGCCAUGCAGUACCUGCCCCAUCAGCAGCAGGGCUAUGCAGUCCACAGUCAUUUCACCUCUCAGCCCGGUUACAUCCCCAGUGCUGGGAUUCCCCUGCAGAAACAAUUGGAACAUGCUAACCAGCAGUCUGGCUUCACAGAUUCGAGUCCAUUGAGGCCCAUGCAUCCGCAGGCUCUGCAUGUGAGUGCUGCAGGUUUGCUGCCUACUCCCUCUAUUGCUGUCCAGAUCGCUCCUGGCAAGUCUGGCUUACCAUAUGCACAUCCACCAAGGCCAGCUUCCCCAGGCGCAUUCACGCAUGGAACGGCCUCACAACAAGCACAUGCAAGACGACAAGAGACGAAUCUACUUCAACAUAUGCUGAUUACGGCUACUUUUCAAAGCUCAUCUCAACCAACCCCUCGCCACACCUACCUUUCUCACAGCCAAUCAGGGCAGAGGUUUUACCACCAUGGCAAAUAGCUAUUCAUUUCAGUCUAAUGCAGAAUGUUAGGGUUUGAAGAUAAGAUUCACCACUUACACUUUGAAGGCUUUUGGAUUAAAGCUAAAUAGCACACAAUGCUUGGCAUCAUAGUGUUAUGACGUAGAACACAUGACUGCGUUACUGUCACAUGCAAGUCAUUUUCUGUUAUUCUUCAGAUGGUAGACCUCCCUUUGCAACAGGGUAUGCCAUUUCUUUCAAUAUUACAGUGGGAUGUGUCUGAAAGUUUCUUUUAUGCAUUUGAAGACGUCGGCAACAGCUGUGCCAAUAUUAGUAACAUAAUACUACCACUAAAUGACACAACUAGAGUUAAAUGUGGUUUUAAAACUAACUAAACAAUGUAGGAACAGAUUAGAAUAUAUUUCCAUGUUCUGUAACAGACCUCCCACUCAGGGCCAUCUAUAACUUGCAUUAACAUUGAUGAAUGCACCUUUUCCCUAAUUCAGAGAACAGGGAAAUAAUAUUUUCAUAUGAUUUUAAAUUUGAAAUGUAAUGUUUUUAGCCAACCAACUGAAUUUCACAAAAUUGCACUUAAAAACAAAUUUAAAGAAUAAUCUGUUUAAAAGAGCUUGGUAAAACGGUAAUAAAUAGUUGUGUAGAAAAAAAAUCUUUUGAGUUAUGGUAUUUUUAUGUAGAUUUUUCUUUUGUCUGUAUUAUUCUGAAUUAUGUGGUUGGGUGGAAGUGUGUUUCGAUAUUGGCUUAUGUAAAUACCUUGAUAAUGAUGAAAUUUAUUCAGCACUGUCUCAACAUUUCAAUUCAAUUUGGAUCUUUUGUUUUUUUGUUGGCCGUUCCUCUUAAAUACUGUGGAAUUCCCCGGUACUAUUGACCACAAAGCAUUUCAGCUCAUCUUGAAAGCAUGCCACUCUAUUUAGUCUUUCCUACAUUUCCCUUGAGUUUAAGACAUCAGGAAUAGACUAUUCUAAGCUGAAGGAUUACUUUUCUCUCUCUCUCUCUCUUUUUUAUUUUUUAGAUGAAUCAUAAGGCACCCAACUUUACAGCAUUCCCUCUAACUCAUAAACAUCUUAUAUUCUGAAGCCAUUAUAAGUAAAUCACGUGUUUUGUACUGUUAAAUGAAAAAUCUCAUUAUUCACUUACCCUCAUGUUCUCAAAAACCUUUGUGGAACACAAAUGGAACAUCUUUUUGCAUUUCAUAGAAGAAGAAAAAUGUUUGGAAUGAUAUGAGGGUAAGCAAAUGAUGACCGAAUGUUUAUUUCUGGAUCAACUGUAAUUUAAGUUAUGAGGUCACCUGACAAGAGUACUGUUCGUAAAAUGCCAUGGAAGUGUGUGGUUAGCCAUCAGAGACUUCCAAACGGUCCUCUCAAAAACCGCUAAAACUUGGCAGGAAGUUAUGGAGGAAGUUGUGUAGGUUGGAACUUGUCUGCCUCUCCUUUUACAGUACUUGCAUUUACUGAAGGGUCUGAGAGACACCUUUUUGUGGUUGCAUCUCAAAGAUGAGAUUAAGUUUGUCAAAUAAUUUGCAUGAAACAAUACAC